CUCAGUAGUCGCCGCGGCACGGCGCUGUGCUCGCUCCUCGCUGCUCGUCAUGCCCGGUCGCAGUUCGCAGUGUUCGCAGUCCGCGGUGCCGCGCGGGUUGGGUCGCCGUCGUCGCCGUUUCGGGUUCAGUCCGACUGCCGCCGUCAACGCCGCGCGACCCGCGAAUGCCGCGACACGCCCCGCCGCCUAGACACCAGCCCGUCCAGCCCGUCUAGGUCGACGAGGCCCUAGACGAGCACGAGAAGAAGGGGCGUCGUCGGCGUCCUGACCAGUGCUGACGCGGAGUCCGUCCGCCACGCCGGAGACCAUUCCGGAGGCCAUGCCGGACCGCCAGGGAGAACAAGGGGCGGCCGAGGCCGAGGAGGACCCCUGGACGUCGGCCGCGCUCGGGGAGGCGCUGGCACACCCGCACCCGGGGGCCAAGGUGGCUCGCAUGCAGCGCGCCGCCCUGGACCCCCGGCUGCGCGCCAAGUACGUGCGCGUCGACUACCCCGAGGGCUGGGCCGCGCAGCCCAGGGAGAUCGCGCCGUGGCUCGACGGGGAGGGCUACCUGGUGCACGGCGACUCGGGCAGUCCGCAGACCGGCCGGCCGCCGUGGUUCGACGAGCAGCUCUUCCUGGACGGGCAGCGCUUCAGCCGCGACUGCCUGGCCGGGCUGUCGCAGGCCGACAUGCUGUCCCUGUUCUUCCUCUUCGGCUUCCCCGGCUCGCUGGACCCGCUGGUCGCCACGGCCAACCCCAACCGGACAGACUGCAAGGGGGAGCCGCGCGCGCUGAACUGCCCCGCCGCGUCGCUGGUGGCAGACACACUGUCGGGGAUCUCCAGCGGCGCGUACGCGGGGCCGUGCCCCGUGCUCAGCACCCUGGGGCCCGACUACCCCUCCGGCGCCAUCCUGGUGGACGCGGAUCGGUACCGCCGGCCCUUCCUGUCGCAGGCCGAGAUGGCCAUCACGCAGUGGGGCUUCUUCGGGCUCUUCAUCUGCAAGCCGGAGGUGUUCGCCGCGCCCCGCGCCACGCGCAGGGAGCUGGAGGGCCUGGUCCACAUGUGGGCGGUGCUGGGCUACUGCCUUGGUAUCGAGGACCGCUUCAACUGGGGGCUGGGGGGCCUGGACGUCGUCCUCAGGCGGAGUGAGGAGUUCCUGCGCUACGUCGCCGUGCCGAGCUUGCGCGCGCUGGUGAAGCAGGGCCCGGACCGCUGGGAGCACAUGAGUCGCGCCAUGAUGGACGGCAUGCGCGCCUUCGUGCCGCUGCCGUCCUUCGAGGCCAACCUGGCCUACCUGACGGAGGACGUCCUGGGGCUGGGCACCGUGCUGCCCAAGGCGCUCACCUGGCGCCAGACGCUGCAGCUGUGGCGGCUGCGGCUCGUGCUGCAGUACCUGCCGCGCUGGUUCACCUCCUGGACCAGCUUCAUGAGCAGCCGGCUGAGGUUCAUCCUGAGGAAGAGGGCCAAGGCGAUAGGGCUGCGCGGUGGCCGGGACGUCGGCCAGGACGCCGUCGAGAACGCCGUCGAGAACGCCUUCGAGGAGUAAGGGACGCCGUCGAGAACGCCGUCGAGAACGCCUUGGAGGAGUAAGGGACGCCGUCGAGAACGCCGUCGAGAACGCCUUGGAGGAGUAAGGGACGCCGUCGAGGACGCCGUCGAGGACGCCGUCGAGGACGCUGUCGAGGACGCCGUCGAGGACGCCGUCGAGGACGCCGUCGAGGACGCCGUCGAGGACGCCGUCGUCAUGGAGGAAUGAGGGACGCCCCAUCUAACGCGUUGUCAGCCGUUCAGUGUAUCGGACAACACUCCUGUGGGGCACACCCAUACCAUCAACGAGAGACGCACAGCAAAUUUUUAUUGUAUUAUUGUUGACUUUGUUGAAGGUCAGCACACAGUGAUAAAGAUGGAUUGUAAUGUGAUAAUGGAAUCUGUGAUAGAAAAAUGGCUAUGAAUAAGAAGACGAGUCAAUAAGUUACGUGUAAUUUAAUUUGACGUUUAUAGUACUGAAAAGUGGUAAUAAUAUAGAUGUAUAAGAUUAGAUUUGAAAA